CAUGUGGCCCAGAAAUUUCUUUGUACUCCUUUUUGGAGCUGUGCUUUUAAUGACUAUAGCUAUCACUCAAGCUCAGCCAGAUGUUACUGUUGAACCAACACCGCCUACAGAGCCAACACCACCUACAGAGCCUACACCGCCUGCAGAGCCUACACCGCCUACAGAGCCUACAGAGCCAACACCGCCUACAGAGCCUACACCACCUACAGAGCCUACACCGCCUGCAGAGCCUACACCGCCUACAGAGCCUACAGAGCCCACAGAGCCAACAGAGCCCACACCGGAAACUACGACACCUGCACGGCGAACCAGGAGACCUACGCGCCCGACUAGGCGACCUACGCGCCCAACUAGGAGACCUGUAGCCUCCCAACUAAAUGACCUACGCCUUCAAUUAGGAGACCUACGUCAACAGCUAACACAGCUACGUCUCCAAAUAGGAGAUCUACUUCUCCAACUAGUUGAACAGACUACUGGGAGACCACGCUCAUAAGUGUGCUUCAAGCAAUCUCAACAGCCAAUCUAGGCAGCGUAAAAUUGUGAAAAAGCUCGUUAGAAAAUUCUGAAUUUAAUUAUUUUUUCGCCUUGGAUUGG